AUGGCUACGUUUUUCAACGAGACAUUAGGUUUUUGUCCAAAUAGUGUACUUACUAUGCAACAUCGGCCAGCUAUUGCCAUCGCUUUUAUUAAAUUAAACAAAGCAGUGAUGACUAAUCAUGGACGUGUGACCAGUGCUUUAAAACGUCUUAUUGGCUAUGUUUCUAGUUCGAAAGCAGGUUGUCUAUAUUGUCAAGCACAUACUAUUUUAGCAGCUGAACGUUAUGGAGCUGCUUCAGAACAACUGAAGCACAUCUGCGAGUAUUCUACUCAUUCUGCUUUCAAUGAUGCCGAACGUGCAGCUCUCGAUUUUGCUGUAGCCGCAUCGACAGUACCCAAUAGUGUCAACAGUUCCAUUAUUGAAAAUUUACAUAAACACUGGGAUGAUGGUGAAAUAGUCGAAAUUUUAGGUGUGAUCAGUUUAUUCGGAUAUCUCAAUCGAUGGAAUGAUUCAAUGGGUACAAGCAUAGAACAGGGAGCUAUAAAUGCAGCUGAAAAACAUCUAGCUAAAACAGGAUGGUCAUGUGGAAAACACGUAUCGACAACAAAACAUACAUCUUAA